UGGCUGCACCACUGUCAUCCCACCUCCAACUGUCAAGAAGACGCUAGCAACAGAAUCUGGAUAGUCAAGAUGCCAACCCUAUCACUUGAUGAGUUCCAAAUAGGAUGGAUUUGCGCCUUGCCGGUCGAGGUCGCCGCAGCAAAAGAGAUGCUGGACGAGAAUUUUGGGAUUCUGGAUGAGCAAGAUCGCAACGAUACAAAUUCAUACAUUUUGGGGCGAAUAGGGAGACAUUACGUUGUAAUUGCCGGUCUUGGGUUAUAUGGUCUUACUUCAGCGACCGUCGUUGUAAUUCAUAUGAUGCGGACAUUUCAGUCGCUACGGGUUGGGUUGAUGGUGGGCAUUGCAGGGGGCAUUCCAUCCCCCAAUCAUGAUAUUCGACUGGGUGAUAUCGUGGUCAGCUACCCGGAAGGCACAUGUGGUGGUGUAAUUCAGUAUGAUCUGGGGAAAAUUGUACAGGGUGGGAAGUUUGUGCGUAGUCGCGCAUUAAACGGUCCGCCUCGUGUGUUGCUCGCUGCUGUUGAAAGAAUGCGAGAGGCUCUGUUAACCUCCAGUCCGACUUAUCCCGAAUACAUUCAGAAAGCGACGCAAAGAACCCACCGGACGAAACGAACUUUCGCUCGACCUGAUGUAUCUACAGAUCGGCUGUUCAGGGUAGAGCACGAACAUCCUGACAGUAAUACACCUACGUGAAGGUUGUCCUAUAGAAUGGGAAGAAAUAAGAAGACCACGCGAAAACGCUGAUGUCCAGAUACAUUAUGGUAUUAUUGCGUCUGGGAAUGCAGUUAUAAAACAUGGUGAAACAAGAGAGCGGAUUCGCCAAGAAACCGGAGCUCUCUGCUUUGAGAUGGAAGCGGCUGGCUUAAUGAUGGAUUUCCCAUGUAUUAUUGUCCGGGGAAUCUGCGAUUAUGCCGACUCACAUAAGAAUAAAGGGUGGCAAGGAUUCGCAGCGUUGACCGCGGCAUCGUAUAUGAAAGAGUUGUUAGGCUAUGUUACUUUUUAGACGAAAUCGUUCAAGUAUCCAACUUGAGGAUUACCCUGGAAAAGUCAUUAUAGUUAAGAGAGAAGUAUCGCCGUUUAACGAAGAAUAGAAAAAGAGAAAAGAUACCAACCACU